AUGGCACCAUUCGGCACAAUCUACUCUUACUCGCCCAGCCCUAGGGUCAUGAAGACCCAGGCGGCUGCCAACAUCAAUGGCCUGGAGCUUUCCAUCCCCGAGUUCACCAUGGGCGUCACCAAUAAAACUCCCGACUUUGUCUCCAAGUUCCCUCUGGGUAAAGUUCCCGCCUUUGAAGCCGCCGAUGGUACCGUCAUCUUCGAGUCCGACGCUAUCGCUCAAUACGUGGCCGAGAGUGGCCCCGCUGCCGGCCAACUGAUGGGCGCCACCCCGGCCGGCCGUGCCUCAAUCCGCCAGUGGAUCUGUUUCGCACAGGGUGAGAUCCUCGAUCCUGUCCAGCAGCUUGCUCUGUGGCGUAUCAAGCUUGUCCCUUAUGACGCCGCCACCGAGACCAAGGCUCUUGAACGCCUGGAGCGUUCCCUCGCCUGUCUGGAGACCCAUCUACAAGGCCGUACCUGGUUUGUCGAUGGGGAUAAGAUCAGCAUGGCUGAUAUCACUGUUGCCUCUGCUCUGGUUUGGGGAUUCGCUAUGGCGAUCGACGCGGAGAUGCGCCCGAAAUACCCCACUGUUGUUGCUUGGUAUGAACGUGUCCUCCAGCAGGAGGGUGUCAAGCAGGCCUUUGGAGAGAAGAACUUUAUUGAGAAGCGUCAGGCUUAUGAGGGAUAA